UUUAACGUUAACGGCGCCGUUAAAAACGUACUUUUGUAGUCCUGAGAAGGAGGAGCCGGCGUGAUCCAUCUUAAUGUUGUUUCUCACUCAGACGAUCUUUGCCUCUGAUUUGUCUAGACGAAAGGUCGCUUGUAGCAGUCAAAGAUGUUUGUUAAAAAAGUUAGCAAAACGUGUCUUUUUGGGCUGAGAAAUGUCUCCGGACGAGGACAGGUGUCGUCUGUGACUACUACAACCAGGUUACAGCACAGUUCGGACCAGGAGCCUGUCCCUCCGACCCGUCCAGAGACCUCCACUGCCAAGACCCUGAUGGACAUCGGGACCCGCCGGAUUUUCAACGAGAACCAUGAUAUCUUCAGACAAAGCGUCCGGCGCUUCUAUCAAGAGGAAGUGGUUCCACAUCACAGGGAGUGGGAGAAGGCAGGUCAGGUGAGCAGGGAGGCGUGGGAGAAAGCUGGAGAGCAAGGCAUGCUGGGAAUAAUGAUACCAGAGGAGCAUGGUGGCAUCGGAGCAGACUUGUUUUCUGCGGUUGUCGUGUGGGAGGAGCAAAUGUAUUGCAACUGCACAGGCCCGACUUUCGCCCUGCACUCCGACGUUAUCAUGCCCUACAUCUCUAAAUAUGGUAGCAAGGAACAGAUUCAACGCUUCGUCCCCAAUAUGACUGCAGGGAAAUGCAUCAGCGCUAUCGCCAUGACGGAGCCAGGAGCAGGCAGUGAUCUUCAAGGCGUGAAGACGUACGCUAAGCGGGAUGGCAGCGACUGGAUCCUCAAUGGCAACAAGGUGUUCAUCUCAGGAGGUUGGGUGGCCGACUUGGUGGUGGUAGUGGCCGUGACAGACCGCGAGGCGAGGACAGCGGCGCAUGGCAUCAGUCUGUUCCUGGUGGAGGAUGGAAUGAAGGGCUUUCAGAAAGGACGCAAGUUGGAGAAGAUCGGGUUGAAGGCGCAGGACACAGCUGAACUGUUUUUUGAGGAUGUGCGUCUCCCAGCUGACGCCCUCUUGGGGGAGGUCAACAAAGGUUUCUACUACCUGAUGAACGAGCUGCCUCAGGAGCGUCUGGUGAUUGCUGGCGUGGCUAUAGCAGCCUGCGAGUUCAUGUUUGAGGAAGCCAGGAACUAUGUGAUGCAGAGGAAGGCUUUCGGCAAGACGAUUGCUCACCUACAGACUGUGCAACACAAGCUGGCAGAGCUGAAGACUGAGAUCUGUGUGGGCCGAGCCUUCGUAGAUAACUGCAUUCAGCUCCACGCUGAGAAACGCCUGGAUGCCGCCACGGCUUCCAUGGCCAAGUACUGGGCCUCUGACCUCCAGAACAAGGUGGCCACUGAGUGCCUGCAGCUCCAUGGAGGCUGGGGCUACAUGUGGGAAUACCCCAUCGCUAAGGCAUUUGUGGACGCCCGUAUUCAGCCCAUCUACGGAGGCACCAAUGAGAUCAUGAAAGAGCUCAUCGCCCGCACCAUUGUUAGCCAGAAGUGAGAGAUGUUUUCAUGUUUUCCCGGUGGAGGAGCACUGGGGGAAAGUGGGAUGGUGUGCACAGAUUUUCCGUUGACAGUUUUUCUGAAAAUGGGUUAACGUAUGACGAGCGGUUGUGAAAAGUCAGGGAAGGUAUUACAGCGUUUAAUCAUGCUUGUAUUCGUCAAAUCAGUCAAUCGGGAUUAAAGCUAGACUGUGUAACGUUAGAAAGGAAAAAUAACACCUGAUUGCCUUACAAAUGAAAAUUUCAAUUUGCUGAUUUAGAGAAAAAAAUGAGAAAGAGCGCUAAUGGCUUGACAGUUUCUCAACAAAGGCUUUAUUAACCUUCAAACUUGAGUUACAAUUGUUGGUGAAAUCAUGACCAAUUUUUAUGCCUCCAAAUUUGGCACAAUCGUCCACUUGGAAUCAAGGAUGAAUCGCUUCAAUUUUGGUGAUCAGAGGUCACGGCGACCUCACGUACAUCCCAUUCUCGUGACAUCUCAGAAACGCCUUCACUGUGACCUCCCAUAACUCAAGAAUUCAUAAGCUAAUUAAGAUAAUUUCACACAAGUGUCUAAUAGAAUAAAAUGACGUUGCGAUUUAGGACAGACACGAAGCAAGGUGGUAAUUCUAUCUGUUUUCUUAGUCGUGUAUAUAUGUAUUGCACGGAAAAAUAACAGAUUCAAGAUAAAAUUUAUUUUUGUAAAUGAUUGUAUUAUUAGUUGCUUGUGUGUCCAAUAUGUAGAUACACAGAAGAGAUUACUUGGCUUUGUGUCAACACUAAAAUUGUCCAAUACAUGUAAAUGUGCAAUAAAUACAGUCUACACACUGUU